AUGGCACUGCAGAAACUCCCAGCCCAGACGAAAAUGAGCGUGGAAAGCUCUCUCAAGAAACUCCCAACAGAAAACACAACGCCAAUGCUAUCACACUACCUCCAUAGUCCAAAUACAGCCGUCGAACGUCUGGCGAACAAUUUGCCCGCAUCUUCGAGCAGUAGAAGCGAGAGGAAGAUGAAAAAAAUGUUGAAGGAUCUAAUGGAUGUGGUUGGGGAAUCGCAUAAGUGA